AUGACCGCAGUCGCUCCAGAAAAGCCCGGCUCCGGAAGCGGUAUGAACAAAUGCGAUGAAAAACAAACGCUUUUUUUGUCAUGUUACGGAAGAGGUGCAUAGAUGCCACCACACUCUUGCAGCUGCCAUGUGAAUAAUUUGUCACCUAGCUACUCCACCUACUUCAUCACUUUCAAUUUCAAAGUUGAACGUAAACUCCCACUCCCGCAGGCUCUUUCCACCACCCCUCCUCUGGUGCCUCUACCGCCGUAUCCACAGUGAAGAAUUCCCAUGCACGCACAAAUUGCGCUCUUGCAUGGAAAAGGUUGUCUGCAGCUGCUACCCGUACUGCUACACUACAAAUCAGCAUUCUAUUACAGGUAGAGGAAAUUCAGACUAUGUCUAGGUCUAUGAGCACUUAUUAGCUUGAAGAGAGAAAAAAUUGUCAUGCAUUCAGUGCGUGCUGCACAGGAAAUUUGACUCGCAUACGCCAACCGCGCCGACUAUGCGCCAGUAUCGCAGAUCUGCAGCUUCGGCCGGCAAGAGUUCGAGGAUGCGCAGUUUUAUGCGCUGUAAAAGUAUCGCACUCGUACUAAUUGCAGUAGAGGCAAAUCAGCAUCUACAAGUUCUAUUCUAUUUCUCAUUCUCAUCCUGCGUGAUCUGAUCGAUCCUGCUGAUGCACUUGAUUGUACUGGUGCGAUAACGAUAUUUUUGCAAUGCAUAAGUUUGCGGCGCAGACGAAAGAAAAGCUGAAAAUCCUGAACAAGGUGAUGGAAAGAGAAGGCGAUUACGACAUCAUUUUUCUCAUCCUGAUCAUGGUGAACUUGCUCAUUAUCGGUAUCGAAACCGACGUGCAGCACGACCGGAAACAGUCAAUCGGUAACGAAAACUUCCAGGACGCGAUAACAGAUAACCCAUUUUUCUGGAUCGAAUGUUUUUUCCUGUUCGCGUUCACCGUGGAGCUAAUUCUCCGAUACCGAAAUUGGAAAAGGAAAAGCAAUUUAGCGGCGGAAGAAGAGGAGGAACCGUUCGAGGCAGAACAAGUAGAAAUGGAGCAGGACAAGGUCGUUAACAUAGCAGCGCUGGAAGAUUGGGAUCAGAAAAUCAAUCCUCAAGUGGGUCAAGAACAUCUUGCAGACGGCGCGUCUUCAAUGCCGAAUACAACAACGCAACAGAAAAGUGAAAAUCAGAAUGAACACCAGAAACCUCCUCCGAGCCCCGGGGUCGUACUCGUAGGAGACAACGCCAAUCCCGCAGUCAGGUUGAAUAUGGAGGCAGGCACGACACCAGGAGCUCUUGUUGUUUCACCACCAGCGGCAGUAGAAAUAAUGCACCAGACGCCGAAAACUCCAAACCUGCUGGCUGGAAAUCACACGUCGACAACAUCUAUUCACCACCAUCAAUCUGCCUCAAAGCAGGCCCCUUUAUUCAACAAACUUUCGAACUAUCAACUGCAAAAGUGUCUGGGUCUGGAAGAAUGCCACGCGGGUCUUCCAUGACCCUUGAGGUCUGGUAUGUAGGACAUAGCAUGACAGAUUCUGUGAGAGUUCUAUCAUGCCUAUCCUGCAUGAGAAACUGCCUCUCGAUUAGGGCAAAAGUGGACAGCUUAUGGUAAUCAUCAUGCAACACAGAUUUUUACAUGAUUCAGAUUUAGCAUGACAAGUUGCUUUGAUCCAGACCCAGACAUUUUUGCAUUUGAUACGAACAAGGAGAGUCACAUUUCCAAGAUAACGAGUUCCUCGAUCUCCGGCUUACCCCCCUCGUCCUUCCUAUCCUGAGUAAAAACGUACCCACACCAGAGUUGUAAUGCAAAUCUGCAUGCUGAAAAUGUUUCUCAUGCGGAGCCCCAUGUGAAGCAUUUUCUAGUCGUGUUUUGCAAUUUGUCAUGCUCCAAUCAGCAUGGUAUGCUAGAUCUGUGAUGCUGCUGAGCUAGCUCAAACAGCACUACACUACGAAUCCAAAUUUGUCAUGCAAAACAGCCAAAGCCUGUGGAUUUGUCUAGCCGAUUAGCCAUCUUGACUAUGGUGUGGGUACGUUUUUACUCAGGAUACUUCCAACCGAGUAACCACUCCGCAAUGAAAACUACAAGCGCAUCGAAUUAUCAGAAUGCAGCCAGUAGUACCAAACUUGGCUCGAGGUCGUGUUCACGGCCAAACGUGUUUGUGACGGAAAACGACUUGACACUGGGGGCGAAUUUUGGAAACGUGUUGAAACUGUCCAACAAAUCGUUUUUACCCGGAGGAGGUGCUGGCGGGGGACCGCAUUCUGCGUCGAAAACUGCGAAGAAGCAGCUGAUGUCCCGAGCCGGCACGGAAAAAUUCGAGCUGACCAGCCGAGCAAAAACAAACAGCUUUGACCUGUACGACGACGAUUUCACUGGUGGGGAGAGAAGAGACGCGGAUGUCUUCAGUAGCAGCGGGGGAGGCAAGACUUGCGCGGGUAAAUAUGAAAUAAGUACAAAUUACUGUAUUCAGUUCCUUAGUUAAUCUUAAUCUUGCACCUUUUUGUAUCGUAUACAUUUUUGUACACGAUUCAUCCUCCAUUGUCGGCGAGCAGCAAGAACGUCAAUUGCGUGAAAAUUCCUCUCGUCGAAAAUUCCAAGGUCGUUGCGUCCACCGAACGAAACACUGCGUGCGCAUCGCAAUAGACAAUGCGUGGACGGUGUUUGACACGUUUAUCGUUCUGUGCUCCUUCGUGGACCUACUCGUUCUUCUAACUACCUGCUCGUCCUCCACCUCCUGCCGCGAUUAUCCAGGAAAAAACACCCAUCCCAGCAUCCAAUUGAUCACCUGUAGUCAUGCAAAACACGCAUAAAGUGCUGUACAUGUCACGCAAAAAAUGGACGAUGGGGAUGCGUUUUUUUCAUCUGUGGAUAGCGAUGACCUCUCCUCUAUUGCGAUCUUCCGUCUUCUCCGCAUCAUGCGCGUGUUCCGAACGGUCAAGCUCCUCCGCUACUGCAAGUCCCUCUGGCUGCUCUGCCACGGGCUGGUGGCGGCGUUUCGCACGAUAAUGUGGAUCGCGGCGCUCUUGUGCUUUCUGAUUUACGCCAGUGCGAUUUUUUUGACCCGGCUGAUUGGGCACGACGAGGAUUUCUGCAAUGCCGAGCCGAAAAUCGAGUGGUACUACGGAACCGUGCUGCAGUCGAUGUACUCGCUCUUCAUCGUUCUCACGCUGGAGCAGUGGCCGGAGCGCGCGGAGCCGGUCAUCCGGGCGGUCGGACCCGGGAUGGCAUUUUUUUUCAUUUUCUACAUCAUCGUGACCAAUUUCACGGUUUUAAACCUGGUCGUGGGUGUCAUCUGCGAAAACAUCCAGAGUCUGGCCUCGACCAGCGACUUGGAUUUGAUGAGACAGGUACAAGAUUUACUUCAUGUCAGAUCAACUUGCUGCAAGUGAUACUUAUCAUGAUUCCCAAGCAUGAUUCUCCUUCUCCUGGCAGAACAAGUGUUUAUUGUCUUUUUGUAGUUAUGCGGAAUUUUUUCUGGCUUGAAAAUUAAUACCAGGAACCAGUUGAGGGCGAAUUGUACUGGUUCCUGGUAUCUUCAAGCCAGACUGGCUCUCGUCCUGCAGCUAUGGCUAUGCAUCGACUGGUGGCAACAUGACAGACUUUUAUGAAAAUGAUGAUCUCAGGUCCAGCAAGACCGGCGGUUAAUGCAGGAGAAGCUGCUGGAAAUUUUCUGCGAACUGGACAUCGACAAGAACGGUGAAUUAUGGAUUGCAAAUAUCCCUGGAUGUCUGAAAGGUGGAAACUUGUCAUGGUAAAUCUGAAGCAUGCAAAAAUCUAUGUUGCAUGAGUGCCAAAAGCUGUCCACUUUUAACCAGGUUGGGAGGGAGUAGUAUCUCAUGCAGGAUAGGCAUGGUAGAGACCCCACAGAGUCUGUCAUGCUAGGUCCCGCAUUCCAGACCUCAUGGGUCAUGGAAAAUCUGCAUGACAAGUUAACAUUCUUCCGGACCCAGACAUUUUUGUGCUUGAUAUGAAUUGUCGAAAGAGGAACUUACCCAGUCCCUGAACGAUUCCCAAAUCCGUGCGAUUCUGUCGAAAAACGAAAUCCAAGACGAGGAAUUGCACUGGCUGUUCGAGGUCUUGGACCGGGACGGCAGUGAGACGCUGACCAUCGAGGAGUUUGUCAACGGGGUCAUGGCGUUGAAAUCCAGUGAGCAGGCGAGAGACCUCGUGUCGAUGCAGUACACAAAAAUUAGCCUCCUUUUAUUUUCAACCUGUUUUUUAUCAAGAACCUAUAUUCGCUUCUUGCAGAGAAGAUUGCUGAGCGCCUUUUUUUCUAAGUCGCAACAUCAAAAAAGGAAAAAGCAAACAAGCGGCUCAUUUUCUUAUGCCAGCAACAGCAUGAUCUGGUAAACGAAUACAACAGGUACACUCUGGUAAAAGAGUUCAACACACUCUCCAAAUCGCACGAGCAGAAGGUUGAGGCAUUAGAUAAGGAAGUGCAGGACUUGAAGCAGGAGCUCUGGCGUCACAUGGACAAGUCCGUGACUAGAGCGAUUAAGGAGGUGCUGUCGGAAAGUAACGUGAAAACGAAGGCGGGAAGAAAAAAGAGAUCGACCAGAACAUCAAAAACGAAGUCAGCAAACGGUUGCACGAACAAACCUCCGGCAGGUGAAGAUGGGAAAAAUCCCGCCGGCGCAGUGCAGAAACCGAAAAAGACAAAAAGACCAAACAGUAGUAGCCGACAAAGGACGAUUGAAGCGGCCAACGCGCAAGUGGACAAAGGAGAAAAUAGACCAGGAAUCACGUCCGAAACGGCAGGCGGUGGCGUGGGUGGCCACCAACUAGUACCCGGCGUAGAAGAUGUCCCGGCGAUAACAGUGACUGGCACGCCAAGACGAGACCCACCACCAGCGGUUGACGUUUCUAGCCGCGGCCGCACCGUGGAAGCGAACAGCUCGUCCUGUGAACGGAACAAAAACGCAAAAAGUCCACGACCACCCAAGCCAAAGGGAUAA